AGUAGAUGUGGCUGAGCAGUCUCUGGUUGUUGUCCAUAGCUUGGCAAGUUGGUCACAACGCCGGCAUUGAGAAUCCUGGUCUUUCGGACCUCACUUUAGAUCAUCCUUGGCUGGAGCCUGAGGCAUCAAAGUGUAACUCCUCUUCUGUAAUUGUGAGUAAUCCUGUGUCAAAUGGUGAUUUGCAGCCCCCAGAAAGUAACGUUGAAAUGUCAGAAACAGAUUGUGAAAUGCCCUAUUUAUUAAGGGAGAACUGUUCUUCAUUAAAUCUGUCUGGUAGUGGACAGGUCUCCAUGAGCCCUGCAGCUCCUGCAGAGGAAUCUGGUUUAUCUGUAACGGCUGCUUUGAAGGAACUUCACCAACUUUUGGUCAUUAGUUGUCAAGAAUCUCCAGGAAGUCUUGUAUCUGAAGAAGUAAUCUGUCACAAGGAAGCAGCAUCUGAAGACCCAACUGACAGUAGGGAGAGAUCUGAGCAGCUGCCUCAAAGUCAGGGUCCUCCAGGGAUAUUGGGGGAGCAGGACCCUCAGGGCUCCUCCUGCCGGGUGAAAUCUGUCCCAGUGAAGGCUGAGCAGUUAACGAGGGUGUCCCCAGGUGCUGGAGGAGAGAAUGGGAUCAGCAGAAGUCUCGAUGAAGGCCAGGCAGCUGCCCCAGAGGAUGUCCAGGAGUCACCGGAGUCGAGAGGGGAAAGGCUCUCUUUCCCAGGGACAAGCUCCGGAACAUUGGGUCAGCUCACCUCGCUAUGGUGCAGAUAUCACACAGACACUUUGGCAGGUGAGGCAGGUACCAUCCUUCAGACUUCUCUACAAACUGAGGCCUUGCCAUCUGACUUCAUACCAGUGCUCUCUCAGGACACUCAGAACCCACUGACAGGAACGCCUGACAUCAGGGAAAGUGUUGUCUGUCCUGAAGCCACGAGGCCCCUUAGCAGACUGGCAACUGGUCAGUCCCCCGGUGUCAAACCCCUCACUCUCACAAGCCACCUUUUCCCUGCCGCAGACGUGGACCGGAUCCUUCGUGCGGGUUUUACUACACGAGAAGCUCUUGGGGCUUUGCAGCGCGUCGGUGGAAAUGUCGACCUCGCUCUUCUCAUUUUGCUGGCAAAGAAUAUCACUGUUCCGACAUAAAACCAUGGAAAAGGUGGACUGGGUUAAGUCCCCAUUUCUUCAACAAAUAAGUAUCGCUCUCCGGAUGUAUAUGCCUAUGAUGUACGUAAAAGCCUGCAAGCAGAAUGUUGAGCCAGAUUUUUUUUUAAGAUUUUUAUUUUCGGCCAAAGUAAUUUAUGAUCUCAUGUCUAAUGAAGUUGUCUAUUACACUUGUUUAAAAUGUGGGCCUUUUUAGUGUAUUGGCAGUGUGUGCACAUGAGCUUCUUAUUCACAUAAAUGAUGCGUUCUGGAAUAAAACUGAUGGGUUUAUAUCAAGUGUACCAUUUUAGCAGACACUGGUAGAAAUCCCACCACCUGUCCAACCCAAAGCAGAUUGGCUGACUUUCAGGGUUGUGUGUAUUCCACAUUUGGAUGAAGGUAAAGUGGAGAGUGUAUUGAGGCAGAAUGUCGAGGUACAAACUGUAGCGAAAACUGCUUUCCCCCGACGGUUUUAUCCAGCACUCUAGGUGUUGUCAUCCACUGAUGCUCCAGGGAAAUGAAGGAACUACUACUACUAUACGUCCUGCUAGAGCACUGUAGCGCUGGGGCCCGACAUAUUUAUGGGUGGGAAAAAGUGGAUCAGAACUUCCUAAUUCAUACAUGAUGAGCUGCUGUGCAGAUUGCAAACAGUACUUGAUGGAGUGGAGUUUCAUUUUCAAGUGGAACAUGGUGCUACCCCACCUCUUUUUUUUUUUUUAAUUAAUUAAGGAAAAACCCAAGAGCCCUGAAAUUCUAUCUGCAUUGAGCAUGCUGAUCUGUAAAGUGGGAGGAGCUGCAGUAGCUGAGACCCCAGGGGUCCCCAGAGGUUGGGUUUGCUAGAUCGAUGACUGAACAACCUUAAUCCUGAAUGCCUGUGCUCUACUUGCCCUCUGAGCUCAUGCUCUGCUAGGAGAUGUUACUCCAUAAUUACUGAUCUCUGUGUGAAUUGAGGCAUGAUGCAAUAACCAUGGCACCAAUUUAUCUCUGGAGAGGGCAGAUAACUCGCAGCUGUCAUCUUCAUCAAAAUGCCAGUGGGAAGUGUCCAUUUCUGACUCUGUGAGUGGCCUCGGUAAAUCUAAAUUUUCCAUCUUUUUCCUCUGGAAGCCUCCCAACUAAAGUUUGCCAUCUUCAUUUUGGAAGCGUGGAGUCAGAGCAGGGUAUAGAGUGUGGAGAAUACCUUUCUUGUGGCCUUUGUGUUGAAGACCAGCCCCUGGGAUUGCAUUGUCCCAUGGGCCCCACUGUGCACUCCCGUUGGGAGUUCUCAUCCUAGUCCUUCUACUCCUGGAAGAGGGAAUUGACUGUUUUAAGAUUUGUGAACAUGACAAAUCAGGAUCUUUGAUUGUAAUUGAAAAUGGAGGCCUUGAAUCCUGUUUGCAAACUCUGAAGUCUCUUGGCUUCGUGUGUAUAUUUUUAAAGACCUGCUUUCGUCCAAACCCAAGUCCAUUGAAUAUAGUAGGUGGAGAAUUCAUUUUCUCAGGAGCAUUUGUCAUUUUAAUUUGGGGGUUUCAUUCCCACACCCCUUCCCCACUCUUUUUUAAAAGAGGUUUUAGCCAGGGGAAUUAUAAAUCACACGUUGAGCAGGUGGCAAAAAGAAUUGCUUUGGCAUGGUUAGCCAGAGGGGCAUGGAAUAGUAGGGUAAGUCAGGCCACCAGUGAAUCAUUGGAGACUACUUCAGAUUAUAGACCCCUAUCCCCAUCCCCACACCAAAGAUUUAAGAUGCAAUAUGGAACUGUUUACAGGCUUUUCAUGAAUCCCAUUCCAGAGCCAUAAUUGGAACUAGGUCAUUUGUGUUGUAAUUAGUGCAAAAUCAAGUAACCAUACGUUGAAUCCUCUCUGCUUUGUGGUUAAGGAAUAAAAAUGGUGGUCGUGGGCUAUUUUCUGAGCAGAGGCUUCUGGGAAGGGGAAAUGGUUAAUGGCAACCAGACCCUUUUCCCAACAGGCCUUUGGUUUGAAGAUUGUUUUCUGUUUGGAGGAUAGCAGAAAUUAACUUUGGCACAGAAUCAUUCCUUGGGGGCACAAGGGACAUUCCACAUCUUAAAGGUGCACGUGAUGAUAGGAGUCAUCAGUGGCACAGAUAAUUCUGAGGGCUGGGAGGAAGGGACUUUCACAAGUUUUUGUGCUGAUUUUAGUUAAAAAUCACAUAUGCCUGCAGUUAUACAGAUAUUCAUCUAAAGAACACUCAGAUGAAAGUCUAGCCCAGAAGGGCAUCUGCCAAAAUCCUUAACUUUUGUUUUUGACAUACGAUUAUUCCUAAUCUUUUUGUGUUUUACCUUUUCCCCUUUCCUAUUCUUCCAUGCGUGUGAACAAAAAUAUGUCGAUGUUUUUGUCUUAAAAUGUGCUGUUUGUGUCUUGAUUCAGUAGUAGCUAAAAACAGUCCAGAAUUGCUAAAGACACUUCGGAUAUUUUCACUUCAGCAGUGUGAACACGCAUUCUUUUUUUCUUACUGUGUACCCACUAAAGUAUAGUUAGCUCUGAAAGGACAGUAACUAGAAUGAACUAUCAAGUUUAACAUUUGUCAGUGUGACUAUAUAGACCUAAGGUCUAUGUGCUGAUGCAGGCAGAGAUGAUGAUGACCCCUUAAGCGAUUAUGAUCAACCUUCACAGGGUCCAAAACUUGUAGGCAGAGCUGACCUCAAGUUCUGUCAACAUAGAAUAUUCUUGGUGAUUUGAAAAGAAGCUCUACCUGCCCCUCUCUCUUCCUGGCUAAACCCUUCUACAACUUGCAUUAUUCUGCUGCUUUCUGGCAUUCUGUUAGCCAGGCAACCACCUUGAAGGGCCACCCUCAGCCCAUUUGCUUGUUGUACCAAUGUGGGUCACCAGGGGUCAGUCACCUCCAGGUCUCCUAGACUUUGUGUUUGGGCUGUUACUACUGUUAGGAAAGGGAUGGAGAUAGAGAUCAACAGGAGAGUUAACUCUUCUGCUUGUCUGUAGACCCUUGCUUGUUGAGGCUGCGUGAUGCCAUAUUUGAUCAGUUCGUCUAGCCCUUUGUUUUUUCCUUGAACCUUAGCUUAUGUGAUGUGACACAUACAGAUCCAGCUCUCUGUGGUCUGGGAGGGUCAGAGGACCUUUUGAGGGGUCUGUGUCCUUGAUUUUAAGAAGUCUGGUGACCACAGUGGGGCCUUCCUUUCCUAGCCCCCAUCCUCUACUAUGUGAGCCAUAGUGUGUUCUUUUUUUCUUUAAUCAAUAGAUAUACACGUAUAUAUACUUAGACAUGCAUAUAUGAACAUACACAUAUAUCUAUUUAAAAUACAUGGGAUUGUCUUUAUAAUUCCAUAUAUAUUAUAUAUAUAAAGUAAUAUAUAAAUACACAGGAUGAGGCAAAUUUUUAAUACAGUUCUACAUCCUGAUUUAAAAAAAAAUUUAAACAAAAUAUGAGCAAAUUCUCAACCAGAGAGAUGAACCGACUGCCUUCCGCCAAUCAGCGAUGUGCCAGCUUUUGCCCUGCCACGCAGAGAAGCAAGUCUUAGGGAAGGAAGGCCCACGUGUCUAGGGCAAGCUGCAAUUUAUAGCAGGGGUUUGGCAAGUGUGUCCAACUCACUUUGCUACUCAUAAGCCACCUAGAGAGAGUAUAAGCUGAAAUAAUUGAGCUGCUAAAUGCCUCAUACACUUUUGUAAGGCUGAUCUACAGGGGGUUUCACUGUAGACGUUUACAUUUUUAGUGGCACUGUUUCCUGGUUAUUAUUAUAGGACACUUGUUUUAUUGUGACCCCGCUUGGUUGGCCUAUCCCAGAAGCCCGAUUACUCCUUUUGAGCAGAUAGGGUGGGAGCCUGAAUCCCAGAAGGUAGAAUGAGUGAUAGUCUUUGGAUGAGCUGCAGUUGCAGCAAGACAUAGUAAAUGAAGCACCCUGGCCACUUCUUGAAAAGACUUUCUUUUUCUUGAGGGGCUGAGCCUAAAAUACUAGUUACUCUGAGUAACCAUUCAGGGUGGGAACUUGCUAUGAUUUAUGGACCAACUUGUGCAUCUAACUGGUCAGCAGCAAGAAUAGAGGUGGAACUUGGGCUGGUAGCUCAGUGAACGAACGAAAGAAGGAAGUGGUUUUAAUGGAGUUUUUGUUCACUUUUUGGUGCCUUGUUUCUACAAAUAACCCAGAGCACAUUGUGGUAGAGAAGCAAAGUUGGGGGGGUCUCUUUUUCUGCAAGGGGGAAUCGUCAUUUCUGAAAUACAAACCAAUGCUCAUUUCUAGUUACGUUCCCAUAUUCCCCAGAAUGUUGCCUUCUAGGAAUGCAUUAUCACCAUGGUGGGAUAGAGAAGGGGCAGAUGGGGAGGUUAGCCCCUGAUUGAUUCAGUCUUUGGACUGAACCCUGAUAUCUUGUAAUAAUUCUGCUAUUUAGCCUCAGGAACAAGGUCUGCUUUGGCUUGUUGGCAGUAUGACUUUGAACUUGUGGAGAGGUUCGGUAGAAAUUUGAUGCUGUAGACUUCACUAAACUCUGGAAAACCAGACUUAAGAUAGAAUCAUGUAAUCCAAAAAUUCCCAGGACUGGUUAUUAGCCAUUGGUCCAACAGCUGAUGGGUUGGGGAUGGGUGGGUGUAUAAUUGGUGCUUAGCUGAGGACAGUUUAGAAGUUAAAAUUGGCAGGUUCUUCAGUGUCUUGAGUUUACAAAUAAGUCAGGCGUUCAUUCAUUAGUUCAGGCCAGCUGCUCAAAAUGGGACGUGCUUUGACAGACAAUUAGCUGUACACUACUGUAAUAGGCAGCUGAUGAGGCUUGCUGGGAAGUUGGCAGCACAUGGAGACCUUGAAAGCCACAGUGAAUUUCUUUUGGAAGAACUUGACUAAAGGAUUCUUUAAAACAGGGUUUCUUACUUAGGCUGGGGUCUGUGCAACUUGUUUUUAAAAUAUAUUUAUAUUGUGCUAACUGUACUUCAAUAUCAUUGUUCUCCUUGGUAAUCGUCUGUUUUAUUUUUGGCAUUUCAAACGUGGUGAGAAGAGGAUCUUUAGCCUUCACCAGACUUCUAAAGUGGGGUCUAUGACACAGGAAGGCCAAGAACCCUGGUUUAGAUGAAGUGGCCUCAUUUUACCCAUCCCAGUUAAAUUUACCCAGGAAUGUGGGAAGGGUGCAUUUGGCAGGUUUGAAGGCGGGGUUCCGUGGUAUUGAAUCUGAGAAUUGAAAGGGAAAACCCAGUGGGUGUGCUGAAGGCUGUUGUGGCGGG